AGAUGUGGGGCUUACAGAAUUGGUGGGAAUAAAGUUAUGGGUAGGCAGCCUUGCUGUGACAAACUUGGUGUGAAAAAAGGGCCAUGGACGGCUGAGGAAGACAAGAAACUCGUCAACUUUAUACUCACCAAGGGCCAGUGUUGCUGGCGCGCCGUCCCUAGGCUUGCUGGCCUCCGCCGCUGUGGGAAGAGCUGCCGACUUCGGUGGACUAAUUACCUUCGGCCUGAUUUGAAGAGAGGCCUUCUUUCCGAGACUGAAGAACAGUUGGUGAUUGAGCUUCAUGCCUGUCUUGGAAAUAGGUGGUCCAAGAUUGCAGCCAGGUUGCCAGGAAGAACUGAUAAUGAGAUCAAGAAUCACUGGAACACCCACAUCAAGAAAAAGCUUAUUAAAAUGGGAAUCGACCCCGUAACUCACCAACUCUUGAACAAAGAAGCCAAACCCCAACAAACUUCUUCCCAUGCUCAUCAUCAUUCUGCACACAUUCAUAUUACUGAUGACCAAGGCAUCGGAGCCAGUUCAUCAGAGGAUAAUAAUUCCAGUACUACACCAACUGAGGACUCCAAUUUGUUAGACACCAUUUGCAACGAUGAAUCUCUAUUGAAUAGCUUAUGGAUGGACGACGAACCGCCCCUUGUCGAUGCAUCUUGGACCAGUAUACCCGCAGGAGAAUCUAACUCUAACAUGUCAAGUUUGCCAUCUUGGGACAACUGUUCAUGGUUGUUGGAUUGUCAGGAUUUUGGUGUUAAUGACUUUGGCUUCGAUUACCUAAACGACAUUGAAUUAAACACCAUGAACACGCUUGGGAUGGGCGACAAAACAGUGGCCUGAAGCACCAUAGUUGAAGUUCUGAGUAAAGGAAGUCAAAGCUUCAAGUUAGGUGCACAUGUUACCAAAAGUAUUAGUUAGGUCUCAGUGUUGAUAUUAUCUUCCUCUUCUUUUUUUUCUCUCUUCAUAACAUUAUUAUUGGAAGGUCCAAGGUAUCUACCAAAUUGAAAAAAGUAUACCAUAGUUGAUGUCAUAUUUAAAGUUUUAACUUAAUUGAUCCUACUAUACGCAAAAAUGUGUUAUCAUAUCUUAAUUGGUUCAAGGACUAGGAAGCAAGGCCAAGUAUUAUUGGGAAUCUGUCUAAUUCUUAAGAAUUAGUUUGGUAGAUAUCAUAGUGAUGGAUAGAUCACUUACGUUCAAGGCUUUUUUUUUUUUUUUGAGGAAGUAGAAAUGGGCAGAUUUUGUAUCAUAAAUAUUUGGGUGAAGUACACAAAUUGUCCCA